AUGUCAACAUCGAAAUCAUUAAGAAAGAUCAUCUACGUUAUUGUAUCCGCAUUUCUGUGCAUUCGGAUGAUUCGCCGAUUUUGGCCUCAACAUGAAGAACAUCGCGAGCCAGGUCCACUUUGCGCGUCGGGAAUUCUCUACGCCGUCCAGCAAGGCGAUACCUGUGAUACUAUUUCUCUCGCACACAAAAUCCCCUCUCACGGCCUGUGGGAGGGAAACAAAGAAUCUAUCGUGAUAUGCGACUUCAUUCACAACCAGGUCGGGAUGCAACUCUGCAUACCAUUCUCGUGUGGAGAGGUAUAUGAGGCCCGGGUAGGCGACACCUGUGAGAGUGUUGAGGAGAGGCACGCGGAGAUCUUGCGUGGCAAGAGCUUUAUAAAAUUCAAUCCGUGGCUGCAGCGUCAUGAUCAUUAUUGUGAACAGCUUGAUAUGGCCUGGGAUUAUUUCGGCAAGACGUAUUGUCUUGGAUAUCAGGGUGGGAUCUUUGGGACUACGGAGAAUGUCACGAAUCCGGUGGUUCUUGACGAGAACCGUGAUGCUGUUCAUCUGGGUGGCUCUACGAGUGGGCAGAGUCGGUUGAUCGCGCACGCAUGA